UAGAGUGUUUUUACCCUCCGUGACGUUAGGCCUACUUAUCCUUUAUUAUUUGAAACUUUAAAGUGAUAUAAUUGGUAUCGGACGUAAGGAAAAGUAGAGAAAUGAUGUUUUUUGCAAACUGAAACUGAAAAGGAUAAAUUAUAUGUUAGCCAACAAUGAUAGUUCAAGAGCCGGUAAAGGCUGCCAUAUGGCAUGCUGUGAAUCAUUAUGCCUAUAAUGAUGCUAUUUUUCUUGCAGAAAGAUUAUAUGCAGAAGUGGCAUCUGAUGAUGCAUUGCACCUGUUGGCAACAUGCUACUACCAAGCAAGAAGAACUGUCUCGGCAUAUUCUGUGUUACAUGCAAAAGGAAGUAGAACUCCGCAGUGUCGGUUUCUUCUGGCAAGAUGCUGUGUUGAUUUAAAAAA